AUGUUGUUAGCGUACGUGGGGCUAAUGUUUAUGUACAGCGUACUGCUUAUUUUCAAAGCACUAGAAGUGAAUCUUUUAUGUAAAAUGCAAUCGAAUAAAAUGGACAGAUUUCUGAAAGACAACCAUGCUGUCAAAGAAACCGAUUCUGGAAGUGAACAAACGCUAAGUACAAGUGAAAAGGCAAAACAGCAGCCUACUCGUAAGUACAAUGAAAGCUACUUAAGCUAUGGUUUCACUGGGACUGGGAGUGGAGAUUAUCCUUUCCCACUAUGCUUGGCAUGUGGGUAUAAAAUGGCAAAUGAAUCACUGCUUCCCAGAAAACUGAGAAAACAUCUUAAAACAGUGCAUUCUCAUUUUCAAGAUAAACCUGUAAGCUAUUUCAAGAGAUUGUCUAAACAGCAAACAAGGGCAUCAAAUUCUUUUAAAAGUGUGAGCAACUUAUUUUGCCUGCUUGCAAAAAAAGUGGUCACGACAAUGCUAGGAAAUGAAACAGCUAUGAAAAUAAGCGAGAUUCCUUUGUCGAAUGAUACAGUUCACAGGCCUAUUAUAGAAAUGUGUAUUGAUAUAGAGAAAAAUGCAUGCAACAUUACCAACCAAUCACAGCUGUUAGCAUUUGUCCGUUUCAUUAAUCAAGAUCAAAUAGUAAAUCAUUAUCGUUUUUGCAAAGAAUUAAGUGGGUCUGCUAAAGGUGUGGACGUUUUCAACAUUUUACAUUGUUAUCUCAACUGUUUUAGGGGCCUCAUUUCUGUUGAAGAUGUUAUCGUAACUCUCUGCUUUCUUCAUAGGGAGGCCUUAAUAGCAAAAGCAUUGGGGAAAAAAUUCAGAGAAGUCUUAGAACAAGUUGUUCAGAUGGUAAAUUUUAUACAAACAAGACCUGUCAAAACUUGUUUAUUCGAAAAACUUUGUAUCGAUAUGCAGUCAGAACACAGACGGUUGCUUUUACACAAAGAAGUCAGUGAUUGUCGAGGGAGAAAGUAUUUAACCGUGUGCAUGAGCUACGACAAGGAGUUCUCGCACUGCAUGCAAGGGAAACAAGAAAAUAUCCUUACAUCCACCAACAAAAUUAAAAUGUUUCACGGAAAACUACAGAUAUGGAAAAGAAAAGUUGUUCAAUGUAACUUGGAAAUGUUCCAGUUGGUAAGGAGCAUGUGCAUAAAUAAAAUACUUGCAAUAGUAGUAGAUUAUUUAAUAAGUUUAGAAGAGACACUGAGUUCAUUUUUUCCAUCCUUCAACACUGAACGACUGGAUUUGAAACCCAUUCAUGGAAACUUCCCGUGA